AUGAAAGAGCCUUUUCUAGUAAAAUUUGUUGUCUAAAACAAUUUUAAUUUCAAUUAGGAUGAGUAAAUGAGAUUACCUUUAAAAAAAAUAAAUUAAAUAUUAACAAUAACAAAGGAGAGAUUCAUCAUAUUUUUAUAGAAAAAAAAUUUAAUUUAAUCAUCAGAUUUGGAAAGCAUUCAUUUUGGUAUAUGAAAUGAGAAUUAUAAUAGAAUUUUUUGACAGAUCUUAAAAUAAGUUUGUAGAAGAAAAACAAGUAUUUGAUUUUUACAAUAAUUUAUUUGCGUUUCCAAAAGAAUUUUUUGGUAUACCUGAAAUAUUGGAAAUUAGGUUAAUUUUUGAAAUUAAUUAUUGGUAAUUAAAAGAAAUAGAGAGAGAUUUUAAAGUUUAUUAGAGAAUAUAAUAAUAAUUAAUUGAUCAGUAAAAUGAAUUAAGAAAUGAAUUAGACAAUUAAAUUUCAGAAUUUGAAGUCAUGAAUAAAUAUUUAAGUGAAAUCUAUAAUUUAGAGAAUGAAUAGAUUUUAAUUAAAAAAAUUGAGGAAAUUUAAAAGAGAAAAGUUGAUAUUGUUAUAAUUUAUAGCAGUCCCUUGGUUUAAAUAGAUAAUGAUAAUAAUAUAUCGAAUGCAUAGUUUAUAGAUUAUGAAAGGGAAAUAAGUAAUAUAUAGCAGGAAAUAAAGUUAUCAGAAAAAGAUAUAUAAUAUAAGAUUUUAUUAGCUACGAAAGAUAAUUUGGAUGAAGCAAUGAAUUCUAAUCCAUAGAUAAUGCAUUUAAUAAUUAAUGGAGAUUAUGAUCCUAUUUCUGGGUAUUAUUUCGAACUAUAAGAUGGUGGUAUUGUAGAUAAACUACCUUUAGAAGACCUUAUUUAAUAACUAUACGCUAAUAAAAGAAAACUCAGACGAUUAAAGUUAAUAUCUAUAAGUUCUAUGAUAGCCAAAGAUAUUAUUCAUUUUCCUUAAAACAAUGAUAAUAACCCAUAUUUAAUAGAAAAUGUUUAAAACUUUGCUUCUGUAACUUUUGUUGGAUAAAUAAAAUUUUUUAAUUCUGAUGAUAAAUUCGGAAAUUAAUUUUGGAAGAGUUUUUACAAAUAGUUGUUUGAUAACAAAAGUCUUGAAGUUUCAUAUAAUUCUGCUAAAUAAGAUGUUUAAAAAUUAUUUGAUCAGAAUUUUAAAAAUAAAAUAACAGAUCUAUUAAUAUGUUGUUGUUUUCAUGUACAUAAUGAAGACUGUUUGAAAGAUCCUUCAAAAAUUAGUUAUACACUUUCUCAUAAAUAACAUCUGAAAUGUUCUAAACAAAAAUUUCUACAUUAUAAUUGCAAUACAGAAAUUUCAGAUCCAAAUUAAUGUGUAAACGGAUGCUUAGGAUAAAUUUAUCAUAAUAAUAAAUCUCUAAAAUGUAAACUUAAUGAAGACAAUUGCGAAUUAUAUGAUAAAAGAUAUAAAAUAAUUUAAGAUAAUUUUAUUCCAUAUAUAAACUCGUAUGAUAGAAGUGAAAUUUUAAAAAUUGAUAUACCAAUGAGUUUAUUAAUCAAUGAGUAAUAGGAAAAAAAUGUAUGUUGUUGCUUUGAAUAUCGUGUGUUUAACAAUAGAAUUAUUGAUAAUAAAUAAACAAUUACUGAACAUAAAAAGCAUCAAGUUUCUGAAAAAUUUGCAAUAUCCUCCCCUAAAGGUUCAUAAGAAUUUAAUGGAUUAGAAUUUGAAUAAUUAAGUAGUAAUAAAGAAGUUUCUUAUUUAAAAAUAAAUAAAUAAAUCAUUAUUAUUAAUGGCAAAGAUUAUUAUGAUAAUGAUGCUCUUAUAGAAUAAAUAAUAAAAUAUUUUAAAGUAAUCUUUAUUUCUAUAAAUAGAAAUUUUGUAAAAUUAAUAAUAAUAAACUUGAAAUAUUCCCAGAAAAAUAUUAAUUAUUUUUAACUAAAUAAGAACGGAAGAAAAACAUUCAUAUUAUUUAAAUUCCUUCAACAUUUUAAGAAAUGAUACUUAAUGUUAAUUCAAUUUUUGAAAAACAUGAAAAAGGUGAUAAUACAUUGAAAAUUAUAAUCAUUAAAAUUAUUGAUUAAUAUUGCUAGGAGUAAAAAUUCGAAUAAUUAUAUGAAGAUUUACUUAAUCAAUUCUACUCUAAAGAUAAUAUAGUAAUUAUUUUUGAAGUUAGUUUUAAAAAUAUAACACUUCUAAAUAAAUUUAAAAAUGAAGAAUUUUUUCAAUAAAUUAAUUUUCAUGAAAUCUAAGAAAGCUUAGAAAAAGAAAAAUAGGAAAAAUAAUGA